UUCUUUUCGGCAACAGCGUUCCCGUAUUCGAAACUGCCAACUACUGAGAGCGCUCCUGGAUUCUUAAUAAUCAUAAUAGUUCUACGUUUCAGCGCACAAUGGCGGAUCGCAAGCCGUGUAAGGUGUGCAAUUUUACACGCCAGAAGUCAUAUGGCUUGGUCGUUCCUUCGCUUGAGGAGCUGAAGGUUAAAGGAAGUGAGUUUCUUGGUUUCACACCACAUGACCCAGUCACAGUGGUCUUAGAAGAUGAUGGGACAAUAGUUGAGGACGAAGCCUAUUUUUGGUGUUUACCCUUAAACACAAAGUUCAUGUUGCUGCAUGAAAAGGAAACGUGGUCGCCACUUCGCAGAGUUGAUGGUGGCACAGCGUGGAUGGCAAGGGAUUCCGUCAUACUUGAGAGCAGCGACACUGUGGACGCAACUGAUGGAACUACACCAUGGUUGGACUUGGCCUUGCAGCUGAAACAAGACCUGGCCAGCAUCAUCCUCAUGUGUGAGGAAGACUUACAGUGCUUGGUGGAUGUCCCCCGCCCUGAGCUUGCUUCUGCUCUCGGCUUCCAAGAAAAGAAGACUGAGAACCUACAGGAAACGCUACAGAUGGUUUUAGACCGUCGGGAGGAGGAGAGGCAAUCCAAGGAUUUGCUCCAACUCUUCAUCAAAGCAGUGGAGAAAGAAGACGGACAGCCACAGGAAGAGACAAGGCGGCCCAGUGAGGGAGGUGCUGAUGUGCCUGACGCGAUGGAGGUGGAUCAAGCGUCAGGAUUCACUUCCAGGACUUUGAUGGUCCUGAAAGGCAAAACAAGCCCAGAAACCAGGCUGUGCACUGAAGAUCUCCAGAUGGUGGUGUCCAAAGGGGAGCAAGCUAUGCAGCAGGUGCUAGGCUGGGACAAAGUCAGGACAUCGACCCUGCUUCAAGACUGUGAAUCGGAGCUAAAACGACGUCUUCAGCAGGUCCAGGCCGUGCAAUCUCUGAGGGGCAACGUGCCGCAAGGGGGCAGCAGCCAGCCGACUCCUGAAGAAAACGACGAGGAGAGCCAAACAACGUCGCCUUAACAGGGGAAAUAGUCUCUUACCUUACUGGAGCACAGACUCAUAACUGCUUACGUGGACUGCUUCAGGGCCAGCAGAAUGAAUUCGCACUGCGUUACUGAUACUAUUUUCACAGCCGGAUCUCGUAUAAAUGUCAACAAGGUUGGUGUUUGUAGCAUUUGGUACAACUUUCAAACCACUUCAAUGCUUUUGCCUCAAGCAGAAGUGGAGGGCUAUGCACAAGUCUGACAACAAUCACAGAUAUUCCCUAUUUAGAUGUGAAAAGAACAUCACAAGCUUUUGUGUGUAUUUAAUGUCUGCUGAUGAGAGGGAACAUUACAGUUGACUUUAAUGUGAAGAAAUUGACCUCAGAGAAUCAGAUGCAGAUGUGUUUUUUUUCUUAAUUUCUUGAUUGAAGCCAGUCAUUUUUUUAAAAUACUGAAUCUUCCUUGACUUAUCCUGGUAACUGCCUGAUAUGUUUCCCAUCUGUCCAUAAAGUGCUCCAUGCAAGUUAUCUCUUCUAUUCUGUCAUCAAUAGAGUGAUCUGGAGUCUAUUCCAGCUGACUUAAGGCAAGAUGUGGUGUACCAGCUUGGACUGGUCACCAGAGACGAGAAUCCAUCUCAGAAUGUAGCCCAUGACGCAGACAACACUUUUCCGCCUAACUUUCAAAACAAUUUUGUGGCAGUACGUAAUAUUUGUAAUCAGAGCGUGGAUGGGCGUGACCACUCCUAUGUUGCACGUUUGAUUUCUAAGUACAGUAAUGACGUUUUUUUAUCUUGUCGGGUCUCUGUGUUACGGCUGAUUGAUUGAGUGACAGAAAUGCAUCUCAAGAUCUGGGGGGGAGCAAAAUGAUUUCCACGAUAUACAGUAUGCAAAUAGUGACUGUACAUUUGCGUAGAGCACGACCCUGCUUGAUGUUGCGUUAUAGUCGAGUGCGCAGACUAAUUUAUCAAUUUCCUAAUAAAGAGUUAGACAAGAUAA